ACAAAAUCUCAAAAGUGGAACGCACAAAAUAAAGCAGCGCCAUACAAAUAGGUGAAAACCAAGCCAAAAGCUCCGAAAAUCCCCUCUUCAAUGGCUUCUUCCUUGGCUUUGCCUUCCCCUUCUUCAGCUUCAACUUCUUAUUCUACUCAUUUAUUUUCCCCUUCUCGUUCUUCUCUCAUUCAUAAAAGCUUCGUUCCCAAACGAACCCGUCUUCCCAGCUCCGUUAAUUGUGAAAUAAGUGAACCCGUGAAUGGGAAGCCUCACGUGCCAAUCAUCAAUGACGGAACACUUCCAAAGUUCUUGCAAGCAAGUCGCCUGCAGAAUGCAAUUAGUAGAAACAAUAAUAGGCUGAAGAUAUUCACUGGAACAGCAAAUCCUUCGCUUUCUCAGGAAAUUGCUUGGUUCAUGGGCUUUGAGCUGGGAAAGGUCAACAUCAAGCGCUUUGCUGAUGGUGAAAUUUAUGUUCAGUUGCAAGAGAGUGUUCGAGGCUGUGAUGUCUACUUGAUUCAAUCCACAUGUCCUCCAGCCAAUGAAAACCUUAUGGAGCUUCUGGUAAUGAUAGAUGCAUGCCGAAGGGCUUCUGCCAAGACCAUUACUGCAGUUAUUCCAUAUUUUGGAUAUGCCAGAGCUGAUAGAAAGACACAAGGUCGUGAAUCCAUUGGCGCCAAAUUGGUUGCGAACCUUAUAACUGAAGCAGGGGCGGAUCGUGUUUUGGCUUGUGAUCUGCACUCUGGGCAAUCCAUGGGUUACUUUGACAUUCCAGUGGACCAUGUGUACUGUCAGCCUGUUGUCCUUGAUUACCUUGCUAGCAAGAAAAUUUCUUCUGAUGAUUUGGUAGUGGUCUCUCCUGAUGUUGGCGGAGUUGCUAGAGCACGAGCCUUCGCAAAAAAGUUAUCUGAUGCACCUUUAGCCAUUGUGGACAAAAGGCGGCAUGGGCAUAAUGUAGCCGAGGUUAUGAACCUGAUAGGUGAUGUUAAAGGAAAAGUUGCUGUUAUGGUGGAUGACAUGAUUGACACAGCAGGGACUAUUGCCAAAGGCGCAGCACUAUUGCAUCAGGAGGGUGCACGUGAAGUUUAUGCAUGUUGUACUCAUGCUGUUUUUAGCCCUCCUGCGAUUGAGAGGUUGUCAAGUGGCCUUUUUCAAGAGGUCAUCGUCACAAACACAAUUCCUGCGAUGGAAAAAAACUAUUUCCCACAGCUGACUGUUCUUUCAGUUGCAAAUCUUCUUGGUGAAACAAUUUGGCGAGUGCAUGAUGAUUGUUCUGUGAGUAGCAUUUUCCAGUAGGUAGGAGAGAUACUGGCAACCCUACAGGUUACCGAAGCACUCGUUUAGCUUCUCGUUUGCUCUUCCAUCAGUUGACAUCUCCAUUGGCAUGCAUCUUUCCUUUACCUUAGAGGUGACUGACAUGCAGAGUGAACAUAUUCUUCUCUUUUUUCGCUCGUCUUUUGGUUGUAGCCAAAUUACGAUAAGUCCAUUUUUAGAAUAUUUUGUUCUUCUUAAGUUAGAUAGUUGGAAGGAUAAGACGAUGGUAGGCCAUGUACUUAUUUUUCAGUUAGGAUUGAUUCAUGCUCUGAAAUUUGAUGACCGUUACGCCAUAGUAUUAAUCCUGAAAAUGCUGCUGUGACAUUAUCCCUCGUCUUUGCCAAACCUCGAUAUGAAACUCCUGUCCGAGCUUCAGGUCCUGUCUGAAUUUUGACUCUUGCCACACAUAGGGAGCUUUCUUUUAUUGACAUUUAUUUGUUUUAGUAGAAGCUGGUCCAGUGAGACCUAUUGGAAGGGACAGACAAGUUGAUUCUAAUAUCAUGUGCAUGAAUAUUUGUUCAGAACUUCUUGUUAUUUUGACAAUGCAUAGAUGAGCAAGAUAACAACCGCCCUCUAUAACAAUAUUUUUGUUAUAGCGA